AUAAUUGUACGUGAUUAUCGCCCUUAGACAUGUUUUCCGUACUGUGUCACUGAUUGUCACUGUUAUUCCGUAUUUGUUAAUUAUACUUUAAACUGCUUCAUAUAUGUAAAACUAUUAUUGGAAACUACAUACAAAAAUGCUUUUAAUUUGACAACUGAUUUUGAAACAUGUUUAAUCCAGUUAAUAGAAGACAAGAAACAAUGAAAAUGUAAAAUGUCUAGAUAUACACACUAUUAUUUUUUGACAUUAUUACUGACAAGUUAGAGAUGUAUAUGUACCAGCAUGACCAUAUUGGAAGGAAAAUACAGAAAUAAAUAAAACCUCUAAUAAUGAAAAGAUAGAUGGAUCUUCUUUUAUCUCCCCUAACCAGAUAACAAGCAAUUUAGAAAUGUUAAUAUACCAACAAGACCUGAAUGGACAAGAGAAAUCAGAGGCAGAUGAAGUGUUUUAUAGUGGAAAUUUAAAGGGAUCAAUAAGUAUCACUUCUGGCAAGGUCGCAGACCGGUUAGAGUCGUACCACAGUAGACAAGGAAGUACAGAAACAAUAAUCUCCCUUGAACAGAAUUCUCAUAAAGGUAAUUCAGGAAGUUUACAGAAUCACAUGAUAACAAAUUCUAGGGGAAAACCUUAUGAAUGUGGUGUAUGUGGUAAAGGGUAUAAAUAUAGUAAGGACUUGUAUGGACACAUGAGAAAACAUACUGGUGAUAAACCUUAUCCAUGUGAAGUGUGUGGUAAAGGGUUUCGUAUGAAUAGAGACUUAAAGAGACACAGGGUCAUACACACUGGUGAAAAACCAUAUAAAUGUAAUGUAUGUGGUAAAGGGUUUAGUGAUAAAGGAAAUGUACAUCAACAUAGGAGAACGGUACAUGUUGGGGAUAAAUCGUAUAGAUGUGAUAUGUGUGGUCAAGGGUAUAGUAAGAAUUCUAACUUACAGAGGCAUAUAAGAACACAUACUGGUGAAAAACCCCACAAAUGUGAUGUUUGUGGUACAAGUUUUAGGGAGAGUCAGUGCUUACAGAGACACAUGAGGAUACAUACUGGUGAUAAACCAUAUAAAUGUGAUGUAUGUGGUAAAGGGUUUAGUGAUAUAGGAAACGUACAUCAACAUAGGAGAACGGUACAUGUUAGGGAUAAACCAUAUAAAUGUGAUAUGUGUGGUCAAGAGUUUUGUAAGAAUUUUAACUUACAGAGGCACAUACGAACACAUACUGGUGAAAAACCUCACACAUGUGAUGUUUGUGGUACAGGUUUUAGUCAGAGCCAGGGCUUACAAAGACACAUGAAGAUACACACUGGGGAUAAACCCUAUACAUGUGAUGUAUGUGGUAAAGGAUUCAGUCUAGGUAGUGAGUUACAAAGACACAAGAGAACGCACUCAGGUGAUACAUUUAUGAACAAAUGAAUACAAUGUCUGCAGAAAACAGUUGUCUACAUUAUAUCAAAUAGACUACAAAAUCAGAACACAAUCUGAUGACUUAACCUAAUAACUUCGAUGGUUGUUGUUAAGGGUUUUGUGUACCUAACAAGCACAUGCGAACACACUCUGUUUAUGCUGAUGAUAAACGAUAUAAUAUGAUGAAUGUUUUUUGGAAGUUCACUGAUUUUUCGGCAGUUUGCAUGAACAACUGGUGGCAAUUAUCCUUAUAAUUGUGGUAAAGGAGUUUCUCCAGGUGACAUGACAAUAAAAUAUCUUCUUUCACUUUCGAAAAGUUUUGACAUGUCUACCUGACCUGGAAUAUAUGAUAAUGAAAAAAUUAAGAACUUAAUUAUUGGUUAUAUUGCAUGUUAUUUUUAAUAGCCACCAUAAUUUUACGCAAACCUUUACAUAUAAUUGCA